AUGGCUGAUAUUGUUUACAAUGAUAGUUCAGUUAAUGAUAUUAAAGAUAAUUACAUAACAUUGUAUUCAAAUUCACACCCAUCCAUAGCAGCAACAGUUCGUUUUUGGAUUCUUCUUUUUUUGGAGAUUCCAUCUAUUUUUUGUUCUAUUUUUUUACUCUAUAAUCUUUAUUUCGAUCGAAUAUUACGUCAAGUACUGAAUAAUCAUGUUAUUUUUGUUAUUCUCAUUGUUGGACUCUUCGCACAAGCUGCAGAUGCUUCCAAUUAUCUUACCUACCUUCAUCUUGGCUAUGUCUGGCCACAAACAACAAUAAAUUGUUAUGUUUGGUGGUUUAUCGGAGCAGCUUCUUAUAAUCUAUUGGGUAUGUUAAUGGCAUGGACUUCAAUUGAAAGACAUAUUAUUAUAUUUCAUCAUCGACGGCUUAAUACUCAGAAAAAACGUAUUUUUAUUCAUUAUAUUCCAUUAAUAAGCAUUGUUUUAUAUGCUUGUAUCUUUUAUAUUAUCUGUAUUUUCUUUGUAUCUUGUCAAAAUACACCAGAUUAUACACAACUUUGGUGUUUUCGUCCAUGUUACUUAGGAAUAUUUAAUCUUAAUCUAUUUGAUUCUUUAAUAAACAGUAUGUUGCCACUAAUGUUGAUCGUAAUUGUCAAUAUUUUAUUAGUUAUUCGUUUUAUCAAACAAAGACAACGUCUUCGUCCACAAAUACAAUGGUAUAAAUAUCGAAGAAUGAUUAUACAAGUAUUAUCAUGUUCACUAUUAUAUCUUAUAUUUAAUUUUCCUGCAAUUAGUAUGAAUCUCGCUCUGAUAUUUGGUUUACCGUAUGGUUCAACCGGUGAAUUUGAAAUAUUUAUAUAUUUUUUUAGUUUUUUUGUUCCAGUAUUGAUGCCAUUCAUAUGUCUUGGAUCAUCAAAAGAAAUUUGGAUAAAAAUGAAAAAAAUCGUGAAAAUUCAACAUAUAAUAAACAGAAUUUCUCCACAAGCAUUUGAGCUCAAUUAA